UCUCUCUCUCUCUCAUCCACAUUGCAGUCCUGUCACGUUCCCUCUGCUCCCCCCAUCCGCCUCAACCGCUCCUGGAGAGGAAAGGAGAGAGGGAAGGAAGAGUGCAGCUGAAAAGCAAACAGGCAUGUCGACAGCCAACGCAUAAAGUCUCCCAUCGGCUGUUCGUUGAUUUCUUCGCGGGACCUGACUGCCGCGAUCAUUGCUGGUUGGUUUGCGCCAGGGUCCAGGGCCUUGGGAUGGAGAACAGGGGAAGGAAGGAAACAAGGAAGGAAGAAGAGUCACGAACGAAAAACAAAUGCGGUGAGGGGUGGGUGUGUGCAGCUGCCCUGGGCUGGGCUGAAGGCAGAGGAGGCAGGAUGCUGUGGCUCUCCCUGCUGUCUGUGGUGGUCCUGGGGUGUGUGACCCCGACACACACACACACUCACACCCUGACGCCCACCUCCACACACACCCCUAUGGUGGACAGCUCGGAGGAGGAGGUGGACGAACCGUGCUUCGAGCCGUGCACGUGCGAGGUCAAAGAGGGCGUGUUGCACGUGCACUGUGAUGGGCGGGGCUUCACUAACGCCAGCCAGGUGUCCCAGUCCUGGCUCCGCCCCUUCAAGCUCAACCUGCAGAGGAACUCCUUGAGGCGUCUCUAUAGCAACGGCUUCCUGCACCAAAGCAAUGCCGUGGCGAUAAACCUAGGCAACAACGCGCUGCAGGACAUCCGCGCCGGAGCGUUUCAUGGUCUGGGGACACUGAGACGCCUCUACCUCCACGAGAACAAACUGGAGGUGUUCCGCAACGACACCUUCUCUGGCCUGGAGGCACUGGAGUACCUGCAGGCUGACUACAAUGUCAUCAAACGCAUCGACAGCGGGGCGCUACGCUACCUGCAUAAACUACGCGUUCUCAUCCUCAACGACAACCUGAUCCCUGCUCUACCUCCUCACCUCUUCAGAUCUGUGUCUCUGACCCACCUGGACCUGCGGGGGAACCGUCUGAAGAGCCUGGCCUACGCCGGGACCCUGGAGUACGUGGGCCGCAGCCUGAUGGAGCUCCAGCUGGAGGAGAACCCCUGGAUCUGUGGCUGUGAGGCUGUCCAGCUGCAGACCUGGCUGGGACACAUCCCCUACACUGCGGUGGUGGGGGACAUCACCUGCGAAUACCCCUUCCACCUGCACGGGAAAGACCUGAGGGAGAUACCACGCAAAGAGCUGUGUGCUGGAGAGGUGGAGGGAGAUGGGGAAAAGGAGAAGGAGAAGGAGGGAGAGAGGGAGAAGCAAGGAGGGGUACAGCCUCCUCAGCAUCCGCCCUCUAACCCCAAAGCGAACCCCAACCCUGGGAUGCCCAGACCCACCAAGCCAUCCUCCAUGGUUCACCAUCAGAACACACAUACCUCAUCUUCGUCAACGUCUUCAUCAUCAGCGGAGCGGAGGGAGAGAGACAGGUCCCCUCGGCCCACCAAGCGUCCCCGGCCCUCCAGGACGACCCCCACCCAGCGUAGCCUUCUCCUCAACCAGCCCCCUCCCAUCGCGGGGUACCAGACUCGCCCCCCCAUCCCCAUCAUCUGUCCCCUGGGGUGCACCUGUAACCUCCACAUCUCAGACCUAGGGUUGACAGUCAACUGUAAGGAGAGGGGCUUCCAUAACGUGUCCCAGCUCACGCCACGCCCCCUCAACGGACGGAAGCUGUACCUCAGCGGCAACCUCAUCCAGUGGAUCUAUAAGUCAGAUUUCUGGAAUUUUUCCAGUCUGGAUCUACUUCACCUGGGAAACAACCGGAUCUCCUUUAUUCAGGAGGGAGCGCUCUCCAGCCUGCCGACCCUGAGGAGUCUCUACCUGAACGACAACAACCUGCAGAGGCUUAGCCCACACAUGUUCCUGGGUCUUCUUAACCUCAGGUACCUGUACUUUGAGUACAAUGAGAUCAGUGUGGUGGAGGCGGGAGUGUUCAGCCCCAUGCCGUCUCUCCAGCUGCUCUUCCUCAACGCUAACCUGCUGAGGUCACUUCCUGUUGGAGUGUUCCAGGGCAUCUCCCUCUCCCGCCUCAACCUCCGCAACAACCACUUCCUCAGCCUGCCUGUAGAGGGGGUGUUAGAGCACCUCACUGGACUGGUGCAGGUGGACCUGCAGCAGAACCCAUGGGAGUGCAGGUGUGAUGCGGCCCCUCUGAAGCGCUGGCUGGAGGGCCUGAGUGCGGUGGUGGUGGUGGGGGAGGUGGUCUGUCACUCACCAGAAGAGACCACAGGUACAGACCUUCGCUCUCUUUCCCUGGACCUCCUCUGUCCAGACCUGGACACCCACCAGGCCACGGAGGAGAACCAGGGGGAGUGGAACAGCUCCACAGCCCCAGACGGUGAUUUCUCUCUGGGCUACCCUGUGCCAGGCCAUGGCCCCCUGGGUCCCCUCACCAAGGCCUCCAUCCCUCUGUCGGUUCUGGUGCUCAGCCUGCUAGUGCUGUUCGUGUCGGCGUUCUUUGCGGCAGCGGCGCUGAUCGCCUACGCCCUGAGGAGGCGGGACAAGCUGCCGUUCCGGCGGCAGGGAGAGGUGGAUCUGGCCGGGAUCCAGAUGGAAUGUGGGAUAUUCACCGAGCAGCAGCACCACAGGUUACCGGUACCGGAGACCCCUCCUCCUCCUCUGUCUGCCUUGGAGCAUAGCCACGUCUACGAUAGCAUCCUCCCCGCCGAUCCUGGCCCUAACCCUAACCUCAGUCCCUCAACACACAUAUGCAGUAACCCAGUCUAUAAGGAUGAGGAUGAUUCAGCGGUGGAGCAGCAAUGGCAACAACAGCAGCAGUUCUCUGGUUCUAAAGAGAAAGGGAAUGUGGGAAGAUACCGCUCGGCGGGGGAGAGAGAGAGCGAAGGACACUAUUGUUUGGUGGCAGAGAGAGAGAGAGAGUGGAACAUGGUGUCCUCCCCCCCCAUCAGUACCGUUGCCGGGGCAGUGGGACCCCCUCUUUCAGAUCUCAGCGGAAACGGGACCCUCUGCCCAACGGUCAUAGACAGCCAGGGCCCCACCCCCAAGGUGGGAUUGGUUGACUGCCUCUUUGGGAUCUCCGGAAUGUCCCAGAGUUCCGUCCCAGAGUUCCGAGACCUGCCGGACAGGUAUACACGUCCCCCACCACCACGCUAUCCCCACCCUCCUCAAACCCCUCAGCCCACCGAACCCAAAGAGGAACCCAACCAAUCCCUUGUGGUUACUACAAUGACAGUGUGUGCGGGGCCAAGCAGUAGUAAUCAGAGCCAGAACUCAGAGUUUCCGCGAGAGCUGAGAGCGAGACUCAGUACCAAGCCAGAUUACAUGGAGGUCCUGAACAGAUCUUAUCAGUUCUAAUAUAUAAUGUUACUAUGGAACCGCUGGCGAUGACAAGAAAUGACUCCUGUACUAUGUCAUGUCUUGAAAAUGUUGAUAUGCAGAGGUAAACCUGUGUGUGGGGAGAGCUGUUAGGACUAAGAUGAAGUGACCCUUAGAUGAGGCUUUGGAGAGGGUAAGCUGAUCCUAGAUCAGUGCCUGAGACUAGCAAUUAUUUUUUGUACCAUUGAUGACUUUUUAUUCCCAGCAUCACAAAGCAAGACAAUGUGGUGGGUGUGUGUGUGUUCAAGUUAGACAAUGGGGUGGGUGUGUGUGUGUUCAAGUUAGACAAUGUGGUGGGGGGGGGUGUUCAUGUUAGCUCUCUAAAGACCUGCUGAUGAGACACUCAGUAGCUCUGCCACUCCAAUAACAUAAUGAAACACAGAGAGAGAGAGAGAGAGAGAGAGAGAGAGAGAGAGAGAGAGAGAGAGAGA